AUGGCGGUGGACGACGCGCCGCUCGGGCACGACGAUGUCAGCGGCGCGGCGGCCCUGGGCAAGGGCGUGCAGGUGCUGCAUGCGGGCGCAGCGCCCUCCGAUUCGGCCGAGCUUGCGUGGCGCUCCGCGGGCCGCUACAGCAGCAGCAGCGGUGGCAGCACCAGCGCCGGCGGCGGCAGCUUCGGAGGCCGCGCGGCCAGCCCGAGCGCAGGCGACGACGAUGCGGACGUCGGUGGCGGCAAGCCGCCGGCAUCGCCGUCCGGCGCGGCACGUGGCGCUCGGGCUGGCAGCAGCCAUCCGCAGCAAAGCGAGGCUUCGUGCGGCUACUGCGCCGGCGACGUCGACGACUUGGCGGCGGCGCAUGUGGGUGGCUGCUCGGUGCAGGAUGACGGGUGUGGCGGCGCCUGGGACGAUGAGGAGGCGGGCGGGGAGCAGGAGGAUCAUGCAGAGGAGGGUCGCAACGGGUAUGACGGCAGCUGCGAGGCGGGGGAGGCAGACGAGUGCAUGGAGGAGCCCGCCGCCGCCGUCGCCCCCGGCGGCGCGUUUUGCCUGCCGCCGCUGCGCCGCUGGUGCGUCAACUGCGCGUCUGGCGUGGUGCUGCCCGAGCACCCGGGCCUGGGGUGCUCCAAGUGCGGCCACCGGCCCACGGAUGACGACGCCCUCUUUGCGGCGUCUCCAAGCGACGGCGGUGCUGCUGCCGCGCCGCCGCCGGCUGGCGACCCCGGCCUCAUCCUGUGCUGGGACGACGCCAUGCUCGCGCACGAGGAGGACGACGACUGCCCCCACCCCGAGCGCCCCGACCGCCUGCGCGCCGUCACCGCGCGCCUCGCCGCGUCGGGCCUCGCACGGCGCUGCCGUCGCGUGCCCGCGCGGCCCGCGAGCGACGAGGAGCUGUUGCGCGUGCACACGCACGAGCACGUCUCGCGCCUGCGCGCGGCGGCGGACUGGCCGCCCGGCGCGCUGCACGCGGCGCACUGGCUGCCUGCGGACACGUAUGUGAACGAGCACACGUUCGACGCUGCGCUGCUCGCGGCCGGCACCGCUGCAGAGGUCGCCACGGCCGUCGCGCGCGGCGAGGCGCGCGCCGGCGCCGCGAUCAUCCGGCCGCCGGGGCACCACGCCGAGUCCAACACGGCAAUGGGCUUCUGCUUUUUCAACAAUGCGGCGGUCGCGGCGCGCGCGGCGCGUGCGGCGGGGGCGGAGCGGGUGCUGAUCCUGGAUUGGGACGUGCACCACGGCAAUGGCACCCAGCACAUUUUUGAGGGCUGCCCCGACGUGCUCUACAUGUCGCUGCACCGCUGGGACGGCGGCUCCUUCUACCCCGGCACCGGCGCGCCGUCGGAGGCAGGCUGGGGCGCCGGCCGCGGCUUCAGCGUCAACAUCGCGUGGGACGGCCCCGGCGCGACAGACGACGACUACGCCCUCGCCAUGCGGGGCGUGCUGCUGCCCGUCGCGCGCGCCUUUGCGCCGUCGCUCAUCGUCAUCAGCGCCGGCUUUGACGCUGCCGACGGCGACCCGAUCGGCGGGUGCCGGCUGACGCCGGCCGCGUUUGCGCGGAUGACGGCGGACCUCAUGGCGGUGGCGCCGACGGCGCUGCUGCUGGAGGGCGGCUACAACCUCAGCGCCACGGCGGCGGCGACGGAGGCCUGCGUGCGUGUGCUGAUGGGGGAGGCGCCGCCGCCGGACGCGGGCGCGGGGGCCGGCGUGACGCUCGCGGGCUGGCGCGGCGUGCAGGCGGCCCUAGAGGUGCAGCGGCGCUACUGGCCGUGCCUCGACGGCGCGGCGCAGGGGUUGGUGGCGCCGCCGCAUGUCACCGAGAUGCUGCGGCAGGAGGAGGAGGCCGAGCGGCACCGCUGCCAGGCACUGCUGAUGCUGCAGCAGCAGCGGCAUGCGGCCCAGGUAGCACAGCAGCAGCAGCAGCAGCAGCAGCAGGCGGUGGCCGAGGCCGCCGCACCCGCCGCUUUGGCCUCACAGCAGCAGCAGCCGUGCGGCGGCAGCAGCGGCCCGCCGCCGUCGGCGACGCCGCAGCGGCAGCGGACGCAUGACCGGCGCGCCAGCCGGAGCCGCGAGGGUACGCCGGCGGAGGAGCGGCCAUGGUCCUCUAGAUUCAGGCGGCCUUCUUCCUCCGCUGCUGACGAGGCACGCCUCCACAUCCUGCGCACCGGCCUCACGCGCAAGCAGCAGCUGCUGCGGCACCUGCAUCGCCGCGCGCUGCGCAUGGCGCUCAAGCGGCGCAGCCUGGGCGCGCAGCGCCGUGCGUGCGCUGUGGCGGUGGGUGUUGUCGCGGCCGCCGCCUCCGCAGCGCCCAGCUUGGUGGCUCCUGCCGCACGUGCCUCAAUAGGACUGCCGCCGCCAUCGCCGCCGCCGCAGCAGCAGCAGCAGCAGCAGCAGCAGCAGCAGCGGAAGUAG